AUGAAAAAUAAAUCAUUCAAAGAUAUAUUGGGAUUAUAAGUAGUUAAAGUCUAACUAGUUUGUAGACUUUAAAUAGGAAAUAAUGAUGAACCAAUUCAUUAUGGAGUAAUUGUAUCGACAAAAGAUAACUAAGAAAAAUACUUACUUCAUAAUGGUUAUAAAUAUGGAAAAGAUUAAGACUUUAUUUUAACUAGCAUAAAAGAUAUAAGUAAUGAUUGGGAGAUUUAAUAAAAUUAUUUAUUACAGAUACCAAUAAAAAUACAAGAGUUAUUUUAAGCUGGAUGUUGUGGAUAAAAUAUGAGAUAUCAUCCUUAAAAUAAUAACAGCAAACACGCUUCAGAUAGAAUAAUAACAAGGGUUAAAGAUUUUAUUAAUUCCAAAUAAAAUAUAGGUUGA